AUGACUACAAGAGUAUGUAUUAAACAGCUACCUAAACAUCUAACAGAGAAAAGAUUGAAAGAUCACUUUGAACGUUUCGGUACAGUCACUGACUGUAAGAUUAUGAAAUCAAGAGAUGGAAAAUCAAGAAUGUUUGGAUUCAUUGGAUUUUCGUCAGAGUCUGCAGCGAAACAAGCGUUGGUUUUGAACAAUACCUAUUUGGAUACAAGUAAGAUCAUUGUUGAGAAGGCAGUGGAUUCCGAGAGUGUUUCACGACCAUGGAGUAAAUACUCUGCUGGUUCAUCGGCAUUCAACAAAGCACAGGAACUAGAGAAACAGAAACAACUCACUGAGCAACAAAAGAAGAAAGAUGCAGAAGAGAAAUUAAAGAAUAAAAGAAAGGGUGUUGGUGGAGAUGGUGAUGAUGAUAUCGACGAGAACGAUCCAGAGUAUCAGGAAUUCAAGAGAAUGCAUCAGAGAACACAACGAAACAAUUGGUCGAACAACGAUGACGAUCGUGUCAAGAGUGAAGAUGCACAACAAGAUCAGACAAAGAAGAAGAGAAAGAUUGAACAUGACUAUAAGAAGAACAAAGAUUUGAUUGUGUUUGACGAUGAUAUUAAAGGUGCUACCACUACGACUGGUGAAGAUGACGACGACGACGAUGAUCUCUACGAAGAUAUGCCAAUCGAUAACAAGUCAAACGAUACAAACGAAACAGAGGAGAAUAAACUUGCAAAAGAUUCAGCUAUUUCAGAUUUAGAUUGGUUAAAGUCAAAGAUGAAUAAUAGUAAUGAUAAGGAAGAUAGUGAAGAUGAUGAAGAUGAGGAUGAAAAUGAAGAAGAAGAAGAAGAAAGUGAAGAAGAAGAAGAAGAAGAAGAAGAAAAAGUUAAAAAAGUAGAAAAAGUAAAAGAAGUAAAAGGAGGAGGAGAAGAUGAUGAAGCUAAAGUAAAUGACUAUGCGAAACAAGAGGUGGAAGAAGACGUUGGUGAAACAGGUCGUUUGUUCAUUAGAAAUCUUGCGUAUACAGUUACGGAGGACGAUUUGAAAAAGCUGUUCGAGCCAUUCGGUAAGCUAUCGGAGAUCUAUAUACCUAUCGAUAGAAACUCAAAGAAAUCAAAGGGAAUUGCAUUCCUACUGUUUAUGAUUCCAGAGAAUGCUAUGCGUGCCAUGACCGAAAUGGAUGGUAAAGCAAUUCAAGGUCGUCUCGUUCAUAUCCUACCCGCCAAGAUAACACAACAAUCGAAACAACAACAACAAGAUUCAAACGGUCAACAGAACCAAUCAUCUUCAUUCAAACAACAAAAAGAAAGAGAACAAAAAGCUGCUGCCGGUGCAACCUACAAUUGGAAUUCACUUUUCAUGAGAUCUGACGCUAUUAUUAGUUCGUUGGCAGAGAGAUACAAGUUGACACAGGGUGAGGUGUUGGAUCCGAAUGCGACUGAUUUGGCUGUGAGAAUGACCCUGAUGGAAACACAUAUUAUCAAUGAGACAAAGAAGUUUUUGGAGGAGGAAGGCGUCGUUAUUGAGAAGAUCGGUGGCAAGGGUAUAGAGCGUUCAAAGACCGUCAUUCUGGUGAAGAACAUUCCACACAAGACUACACAGACCGAGUUGGAAACAAUGUUUAGUCGUUUCGGUGAGUUGGCACGUGUCUUGUUGACACCGGCACGUACACUGGCACUACUCGAGUUCUACCAUGUCAGCGAAGCAAAGUUGGCAUUCCAGAACUUGGCAUACACUAAAUUCCACCAUGUUCCACUCUACCUCGAGUGGGCACCGAUCGGUGUCUUCACCAAACAAGCCAUCUCACUCGAGGACAAGAUUAAGCAACGUGAACAACGCGAACAAGAACAACGUCAACAAGAGAAACAACAACAAAAGUUAGAAAAAGAACAACAAAACAAUAAUAAGAAACAACAACAAGAUAAGAACAACAACAACCACAACAACAUUAUAGUUAAACAAGAAAAUGAAGAAGUAGAUAGCAGCAAACCACAACAACAACAACAACAACAAGAUAAACAAACAUUUUAUGUGUUUGUUAAGAAUCUUAAUUUCGAUACAACAAGUGAGACUUUGCGCGAGAGAUUCAAGAGUAUUCGUGACUUUAUCAGUGUCAAUGUCGCUACGAAGUUGCAUCAUAAGACCGGCGAGAAGUUGUCGCACGGUUAUGGUUUUGCAGAGUUUGGAACGAAACAGGGUGCCUACGAGUGUAUCAAGAAGUGGCACAAUGCAACUGUCGAUGGCCACGAGAUCGUUUUGAAGUUGUCCGAUAAGGCAUCGGCUACCAAGGAGUUACCAGCGAACGCCAAGCGUUCCAUCGAUCCGACACCGGCCAACGUCGUCUCCACGAAGAUCUCCGUCAAGAACAUUCCAUUCGAGGCGUCGCCCGCCGAAGUCCGUAAGCUAUUUGCCACCUACGGAGAACUGCAAUCCGUGCGUAUUCCCAAGAAACCGACCGGUGGUCACAGAGGUUUCGGUUUCGUGCAGUAUCUCACGGAGCAAGAAGCGAAGAACGCAAUGGAUGCUCUCAGAAACUCUCAUCUUUACGGAAGACAUCUCGUGUUGGAGUUUGCCGAGCUUGAUAAGAACAUCGAUCAACUACGUCAAAAAGCAACUGAAGAAUAUAAUAAAUUAAAGAAAUAA